CACUCGCUGCAGAUAAAUGUCACUUUUCAAAAAAUAUUUGCAUUAUUCUCCGUACCAUCGUUUUUCGACAUGGUUUCUCAAGCUUCGAAGAGUGAUCUGAAUAUAAAUGCGUUACGCGAAAAAUGCAUGUGCACCCAACGCGGAAUAAAUUAUUAUAAAAUUUUGUCAUUGGGAUCGAAUUGUGACAACACGGAAAUCAAGGAAGCAUACCGACGAUGCGUCACACGAUACAAUCCCGCGCGGCAAAAGAACGGAGGUGCUGAGGCGAUUUUCGCCUUAGCAGCUGAAGCGUACGACGUGCUUUCAGAUCCUCUUAGAAGGGCCGUGUAUGAUCAAUACGGUGAAGAGGGUCUUAAAAAUGGUGUGCCGAGACCAGAAGAAUUCGUGAAACCUUACGUCUAUCAUGGCGAUCCGAUGCAAACCUUUAGAGAAUUCUUCGCGACUGAAAAUCCGUACGACGAUCUUCUAAAUAUUCUAACAGAGCCUCAACCUCUACUUGAAUUUCCUGAGGGUCGGGGUAUAAAACGGAAGGAGGAACCCUUAAUUAAAACCCUGUUUCUAACUCUCUCGGAAGUAUUUUUCGGCGGGAUAAAGAAAAUGAAGAUCCAGAAGUUGGUUUUAGUCGGUGAUGAUAAGUCGACGACGUUGUCGACGGAAAAGAUCUUGACGAUACCUAUUAAGCCGGGAAUCCCAGCAGGUACCAGAAUAGUAUUUCCAGAGGAGGGUGAUCAAGGCCCUACGAAGAUACCCGCGGAUGUUAUCUUCGUCACGGAGGAUCGGUCUCACGAAACGUUCCGGCGAGAGGGCUCGGACUUGCACACGACGGUCGAUAUCUUUCUAAGGGAGGCGCUGACCGGAACGGUGAUCACGCUCAACACCGUCGACGACAGAACUCUUCGGAUUCCAAUAACAUCAAUCGUCGCACCAGAUUACAUGAAACGUGUGCCAGGUGAGGGAAUGCCACUUCCUACAAAUCCAAAGCAAAAAGGCGAUCUAAUAUUGAGGUUCAACAUCGAGUUUCCAGUUUAUUUGCCAUUGUCCAGUAAGAAUCAUAUUAAGAAAGCUUUUGAAGUAUCUCGUACAAACAUCGAGAAUGCCGAAUACGUUCAUCGGCUCAUAUUGGCCAACAAAAUGCGUAGAAAUGUCGACGACAACGUUCCACUUCGAUAUGGCGCGAACGAUGAAGCUGAUCGAUUGAAAUUCAUAUGUGAAACGUGAUUUCGCAAAUAUCUGUAUGUUAUUUCAUAUGCAUGUUUACGUGAUAUCACUCGUCAUACAUUUCUCAACGUUGUGAACUCUGUGAGAAAUUAUAUAAGAAUGAAAGUUGCUGAUGAAAGCUAUUGCUUCUGGUGCACAACUGAUUAUUUCAUCGCAAUGAGUGUAACUAGUAUGAUAAUUAAAUUAUUGUUUCAAGACUUGCAUGCACAAUCAUUUGCUACGAGAGCAUUUGUCUGAAAAAAUAAUACACAAUUCGAAAAAAUAAUGAGCUAUAUUUUGUAUGUAUACAUUUAAUUUGUAUUAUAUUAGGCUGAUUGGCUCGAUAUUUAUUCUAAAAAUAUCAGUGCCAGAUUUAUUAAAGAACGAUUUUCCUUCUAACAUCAUAGACUAAAAUAGCUGAUGCUGGUAUCGUUGACCUUUGUAAAUGCCUGACGCGAGUACACCGAUAUCAGCGGACCUAUUGUGACUUCAAAGAGACCGCUCACUUUAACGCGAUAUAACGGGUGUCUCCAUCUUGUGGGACCUAUUGAUGAUUCAACAAGAGUCAUCGGUCGGUAGUCCAUGACUCCUCUCGUUAGAUUUACAAUUCUUCUAAGGAAAAUCUGUAUGCGUGGAAAGAAAAAAAAAUAUCAUGUGACAGAUAUUGGAAAAAUCCCAUUCGAAACAACAUGAUUGAUAAGACCGGUUUAAAAGGCGCUUGGUAGGAGGUCGUUCCACCAAGUUGCAGCCGAAAGGCGGCCUCGACCGUGCCAUCCGCCAGCGACGCUGAGCUAUUAUCUCGGGCAAUCAUAUGACUCCUCCGCACGUGACUUUAUUUACAGUAAGAGACUUAUACCCG